AUGAGCGACCCCGCGGUGUGCUGCUUCCUCACCAAGACCUUGUGCGCCCACGGCGGGCAGCUGGGGCUGUCGGAACUCCAGCAGCAUGUCGGUCUCUCGGCGCAGCAGCUGGAGGAAACUCUGUCGGCGGCUGGCCCUCAGAGCUUCCUGGUGCAGCGGGGCGACGGCGCUGGCAGCGCCCGGGUCCUGGCCGUGUCGCCCGUGCGGCUGUGUCCCCGCAAGGAGUGCGAGGGCUGCGAGCGGCUGCACCUCUGCAAGCUCUACCUUAUGGACAGAUGCAACCUGGGGCCCAGAGCUUGUAAAUACUCACACGACAUCAUCAGUGCUGAGAACAAAAAAGUGCUGAAGACCCACGGCUUGUCUGGCCUCGAUGAGAAUGAGCUGCGAGUGCUGCUCCUCCAGAAUGAUCCUUUCUUCCUCCCUGAUACCUGCCAGUUUUACAACAGAAAGGAAGGGACCUGCAACCAGCAGAACAACUGCAAAAGGCUUCAUGUUUGUCGACACUUCCUCCAUGGGGAGUGCAGAUUUUUAAUGUGCAAGAGAUCCCAUAACCUUUUGAAUGCCCAUGCACUGAGACUCUUGGAAGAUGUUGGCAUUGAUUCAAACACAGCUUCAAGGAUCCAGAUUGUGUAUGACCACAAGCAUGUGGAGUUCAACAAGGAACUGCAGAAGGAGAGAGUACCCAACUACAGACCAAGACCAAAUGUAAUGAGAAAAACAGUUACUGCAAUAAGCAAAGAUAUGAGAUUACCUUCACAAACAGUGAGCUCCAGAGCACAGAUGCCACCUUCAGAAGAUAAAUAUCUAGGUCCCAACAGCAAUGUACUUCGUCAGAGCCAGCAGCAGUUGCCAACAGAAGCCAGAGGUAAAGAUGCAGCUUUACCUGAGGUAAAGACAGGAGCUGGAGCUAAAGAUGAAGGUACAGGAGCUGGAGCUAAAGAUGAAAAUACAGGAGCUGGAGCUAAAGAUGAAAAUACAGGAGCUGGAGCUAAAGAUGAAAAUACAGGAGGGGGAGCUAAAGAUGAAAAUACAGGAGCGGGAGCUAAAGAUGAAAGUAAAGGAGCGGGAGCUAAAGAUGAAGGUACAGGAGCUGGAGCUAAAGAUGAAGGUACAGGAGCUGGAGCUAAAGAUGAAAAUACAGGAGCUGGAGCUAAAGAUGAAAAUACAGGAGGGGGAGCUAAAGAUGAAAAUACAGGAGCGGGAGCUAAAGAUGAAAGUAAAGGAGCGGGAGCUAAAGAUGAAGGUACAGGAGCUGGAGCUAAAGAUGAAGAUAUAAAAGAUGAUUCCUCUGCUAAAGAUUCAAAGAGCACCAAAGAAGAAAAGUGUGAUGAGAUAUGUGUGUUCUAUGUUUGGAAGUACUGCAAAAAUAAUGAUAAAUGCACCUCUGUUCAUUACCAUUUGCCAUAUCGAUGGCAGAUAUAUAAUGGGACCACCUGGAGUGACCUUUCCAUGAUGGAGGACGUGGAAAAGGCCUAUUGUGAUCCCAACAUCAGCAGCAUGGCAGAUAGGAGCAUUAAUUUCCAAACAAUGACCCUCUCUUGCUUCUCGCUUCGCCGCCUCUCUACACCGUCAUCAGUCACAAAGCCCUCGUUUGUGCUGACCACGGAGUGGAUUUGGUAUUGGAAGAAUGACCUAGGACAAUGGAUUAAAUAUGGAGAAGAGGGAGAAGGAGAUAGUGUGAAAUCACCACCUUCUGCUGUUAUUGAGAAUUUGUAUCUAGCAGAUCCAGAUGCCGCCAUAUCUUUCCAGGCUGGCUUGCAUCACUACGAGCUCAAUUUUAAAGAGAUGACACAGAAAAACAUCACUUACAAAACCCGAAGGCAGGUCUGCAGGCGGCCAAAGUUUGUGUCUCCUGAAGAUGUGCAGAAGAUCAAGCGAGGCCAGAGAGAUUCUUCAAUUCCAAAUCAAACCUGUCCUAGCCACUGGGAUCCAUCUGCACUGCCCGAGUUUGGAUACAAGGCAGUGGUGAUCAGUAAUACAAGCUCUGAAUACGACAGAAUAAAGCAGCUCUUCCUUCAAACAAUGAAAAACUACAAAGUCCUUAAAAUAGAGAGGAUUCAGAACCCAUCCCUCUGGAAGGUGUUUCAGUGGCAAAAGGAGCAGAUGAAGAGGGAAAAUGGAGGGAAAGAUGUUAAUGAAAAGCUCCUGUUCCAUGGAACCAAGAGGAGCUUCCUGGAAUCCAUCUGCCUUCACAACUUUGACUGGAGGACUUGUGGGAGCAAUGGAACUAACUAUGGGAAGGGAAGUUACUUUGCUAGAGAUGCUUCCUAUUCCCACGAGUACUGCCAGCCUGUGGGGAAGACCAGCAGCAUGUUCGUGGCUCGUGUGCUGGUUGGAGAUUACGUCAGAGGCGCUGAUGCCUACGUUCGCCCCCCACCAAAGCCUCUUAGCAGCCUUCGGUUUUAUGACAGCUGUGUGGACAACGAAUUCAACCCUUCUGUCUUUGUUGUCUUUGAAAAGUACCAGAUUUACCCAGAGUACAUCAUAGAGUAUAGGGCACUAGAAGAGAAAUGUAGCCUGUCUUAA